AAUUUUUAAAUGAAAAAGAAUUCUGUUUUUCCCUGUAGGUAUGUCAUGUUGUUACCAGGCGAAGGAUAAUUUAAUGUGCCGUGAUGUUUGUGAGCAGAUAUUGUCUUCUAAGAGUGAUUCCCGUUUGAAGCACUUACUGCAGCGGGCACCUGAAUAUUGCCCAGAAUCAAUGGGAGAAGUUUGGGGUUGUAUAAAUUCUUCUUUGCCAGGUGUUUUGAAAAAGUCUGAUGGUUGGGUUGGCUUAGGUUGCUGUGAACUAGCCAUUGCUGUGGAAUGUCGACAGGCAUGUAAACAGGCUUCUUCAAAGAAUGACAUCCUGAAAAUUUGCAGAAAAGAAUAUGAGAAUGCACUUUUUAGUUGUAUUAAUAGAAAUGAAAUGGGAUCAGUUUGCUGCAGUUAUGCAGGUCAUCAUACAAACUGCCGAGAAUAUUGUCAAGCAAUUUUCCGGACAGAUUCCUCCCCUGGUCCUUCACAAAUUAAAGCAGUUGAAAAUUACUGUGCUGCUAUUAGCCCUCAGUUAAUACACUGUGUGAAUAACUACACACAAUCAUAUCCAAUGAGAAAUCCUACAGAUAGUUUGUACUGCUGUGACAGAGCAGAAGAUUAUGUCUGCCAGACUGCUUGUAAAAGGAUUCUAAUGUCAAUGAAAACAGAACUUGAAAUUGUUGAUGGACUUAUAGAAGGCUGCAAAACGAUGCCUCUGCCUCAGGAUCCCCUCUGGCAAUGUUUUCUUGAGAGUUCAAGGUCUGUUCACCCUGGAGUCACUGUGCAUCCUCCUCCUUCAACAGGCCUUGAUGGGGCUAAAUUGCAUUGCUGUUCUAAAGCAAAUACUUCCACUUGUAGGGAACUUUGCACUAAAUUGUAUAGCACAAGCUGGGGCAAUUCACAGAGUUGGCAAGAAUUUGAUCGCUUUUGUGAGUAUAACCCAGUUGAAGUUUCCAUGUUGACCUGUUUAGCAGAUGUACGAGAACCUUGUCAGCUGGGCUGUAGAAAUCUAACUUACUGCACUAAUUUUAAUAACAGACCAACAGAACUUUUUAGAAGCUGCAAUGCUCAGUCAGACCAAGGAGCUAUGAAUGACAUGAAGCUUUGGGAGAAAGGAAGUAUUAAGAUGCCAUUUAUAAAUAUUCCUGUUCUUGAUAUUAAAAAAUGCCAGCCAGAAAUGUGGAAGGCAAUUGCUUGCUCACUGCAGAUUAAACCUUGUCAUAGCAAAUCUAGAGGAAGUAUUAUCUGCAAAUCAGAUUGUGUGGAAAUUCUCAAGAAAUGUGGAGAUCAAAGUAAAUUUCCUGAAGGCCACACAGCUGAAAGCAUUUGUGAACUCUUAUCUCCAAUGGAUGACUUGGAGAGCUGUAUUCCUUUAGACACAUACCUGAGCCCAAGUUCUUUGGGUAACAUUGUAGAAGAUGUGACUCAUCCAUGUAACCCAAAUCCUUGUGCUGCCAAUCAACUUUGUGAAGUAAAUAGAAAAGGAUGUCAGUCUGGAGAACCCUGUCUUCCCUAUUUGUGUGUUCCAGGUUGCAAGUUGGGAGAAGCUUCAGAUUUUAUUGUACGUCAAGGUACACUUAUUCAGGUUCCAUCAUCAGCGGUAGGUGUUGGCUGCUACAAAAUUUGUAUGUGUGGACAUAGUGGACUCCUAGAAAACUGUAUGGAAAUGCAUUGUGUUGACCUCCAAAAAUCAUGCAUUGUUGGAGGAGAAAGGAAAAGCCAUGGAACAUCCUUUAAUAUAGAUUGUAAUGUCUGUUCUUGUUUUGCUGGGAGCUUGAUAUGUUCCACUCGUCAGUGUCUAAAUGAACAUAGUUCAGACGACGAACGUCGCAUAUUUACAGGUCUGCCAUGUAACUGUGCUGAUCAGUUUGUUCCUGUAUGUGGCCAAAAUGGACGCACAUACCCAAGUGCAUGCAUAGCUCGAUGUGUUGGGCUUCAGGAUUAUCAAUUUGAGUUUGGAACAUGCAUUUCCAAGGAUCCUUGUAACCCUAACCCUUGUACCAAAAAUCAGAGAUGCAUACCAAAGAAGCAGGUUUGUUUGACUAGUUUUGAGAAGUUCGGAUGUAACCAGUAUGAAUGUGUGCCAAGGCAAUUCAACUGUGACCAACUGCGAGAUCCUGUUUGUGACACAGACAAUGUGGAAUAUAAUAAUCUGUGUACAUUGUACCAAAAAGGAAAGAAUAUAUCAUAUAAGGGUCCAUGCCAGCCCUUCUGCAAAUCAACAGAGGCAGUGUGCGGACAUAAUGGUGAAACCUAUGGAAGUGUAUGUGCAGCCUAUUCUGACCGUGUGGCUAUAGACUACUAUGAACAGUGUCAGGCUGUUGGAGUGCUCUUAGACUAUGGCUUUCAUACAGAAUGUGCUUCUGUUAAAUGUCCUUCCCUUUCUUAUACUGGAUGCAAACCAGUUAUUGCACCAGGAGCGUGCUGCCCCCUGUGUGCUGGAAUGCUCAGAGUUUUAUAUGAUAAAGACAAGCUGGAUACUUUUGCCCAGGUUACAAAUAAAAAACCAAUAACUGUACUUGAAAUACUUCAAAAAAUCCGUCUACAUGUUUCAGUGCCACAAUGUGAUGUGUUUGGAUACUUAAGUAUAGAAUCUGAAAUUGUGAUACUUAUCAUCCCAGUUGACCAAAACCCCAAACCAUUGCAGAUUGAAGCCUGCAAUAAAGAAGCAGAAAAGAUAGAAUCGCUGAUAAAUUCUGACAGCCCAACUUUAGCAUCCCAUGUGCCAUUAUCAGCACUUAUUGCAUCCCAAGCUCAAGUUUCAUUAAGUAUAUCUUCUCCCUGUAUAAAAGCCAUGCCUGUGCUUUACACCCUAUUCUUGAGCUUCAUAUUCACCUUGGUGGCAGUUGUAUACAAUACAUAACUGCUUAGAAAAUGUGCAAAGUAAGCAUUGUAUUUUUUUCUAUACUGCGAAGGACAUUCAGAAGUGCUGUCUUGUUGGUGAACAAGAAAUUUUAAUCAGAAGGAAAGAAUCAGUUCAGUCCAACAAAAUACAAGAAAAAAAUGUUAACAUAUAUACCUUUUCGUUAAAAAUUAAGAAUAUUUGAAAUAAUCCAAAGGACAACUCACCUUUUAACUACUAAUCAUAAUUUUCCAAGCAUAAUUGUUUUCUUUAAAAUAUUUGGUUCCCAUAAAAAUGCUGUACAGGAUUCUAACUUUUGUGGUUAUGGGGUUGUUGUACAGUUAUUUUCAGCUGCAAGCAAAUACCGUAUUAAGAUUAUUCAAAAGUGUUAUUUUUAUAUGAUCCAAUUGUGUAUCAUUGAGAAUAAGCAUGUGCCUAUUUUAACCAUCAAUUUUUGAAAGACAUGAAUUGCUGCUACUUAGUUUACCAAAAACUGUUGAGUCAUUUUCCAUGUAAAUACAUAUAUUUUCAUAUUUUAUUAUGAAGGAAAUGAAGUAGCCAUGGGCCUAUUCCAGGAAACUUACACGUGUAAGUAAAUAUUCUUAUGUGUGUCUAAGUAUUUGGAGGAUAUUGGGCCCCAUUUUUGUAAAAUGACAAUCAUGUGCUAAGCCAGUACCUUACUUAAAUGAAGAAAUGUGUUCAUUUUUACAACUUUGUACAUAACAGAUUUUCUUAUUGGAUGCAAAAUUAUAAAUAAUUUCAAUCUAUAUUUAUAAGUCCCAUUUGAAAUAUUGCAGUAUUUGCAUGUUAUCUAAUUAAAUUUAUACUUUAAAUAUGUUUAAAUGUUUUAUAGAGAACUUACAUUUUAUUACUUAUUGUGUUUUAUGCACCUGAACCUAGUCUACAUGAAGUUUUGUGUAUCAGUAUUAUAGUACCCAACUUUUGAAGCAUAUACAGGAAAAACUAAUUUUUGCCAAAAUGUUGAACUUUGUAAGAAGGCACUGAAAACUUUUGGAACAUCUGUAUGUAACUGUAGCAUGUUUGUAGAAAUUAUUUUCUGUUAAAUCUUUGCAAUGCAAAUGUAUCAAAGCCUUUUUUAUUUUAAUAAAAAAGAACUUUUAUUUUC